AUGUGCUCCGCGCGUGACUCUGCCUCCGGCCAGACGGCCCACUCUCCGCUCCACGAGUUCACCUUCGCGGAGCUGCACGAGGCGACGGGAGGAUUUUCGGACUGCGUGGGGGAAGGCGGGUUCGGGAAGGUGUACCGCGGGCGGAUGGUGCUGCCUGUCGCUGAUUACGUCACAGGCGGCACCGAGAUGAGGGAGCGUGAGGUGGCGGUUAAAGUGACGAAAGGAAAGCAAUUCACCAAUAAGGAGCUGAAGGACUUCCAGGCUGAGGUGGCAGCCAUGUCAGCAAUGAAUCAUCCCAACAUUCUGAAGUUGGAAGGCGUGGCGAUCGACAUGGAGCAGAGGCCGCUACUCGUUUAUGAGCUGAUUCCUUUGGGCAACGUCCAGCAAUUUUGA